AUGUCUCCAAACUCGACCGAUUCUACCAGUUCUUCCAGUUCAGAUUCUUCAAGCUCUUCCAGCUCGCCUGAUUCCUCGCCGAGCCAGAGUGGUCCUACUGAAAAACGAGUGGCUUCUCCUGCACCUGCUCCAUCCGAUCCGACUUCGUCUAGUUCCUCCAAUUCUUCUCAAUCCUCGCCGAGCCAGAAAGAUCCAAAAGGAAAACGUGUAGCUACCUCGGGUUCACCGUCCUCGUCUAGUUCUUCCCCGACAUCUGAGGAGGUCAGCCCAUCCCAGCCUAAUGACGAGAUUGGAGUGGGCCAAGUCUCUGACGAUCUUGACAAGGCGCUUAAUGUCGAAGUGAGUCAGCUUAACUAG